AUGACUACUCAAGAGUUAAACAACAAGGCAGGUGUUCCAAAGGCAGAGGAGAACACCAAGUGUUCUGGAAAUUAUGCCCGGUGCAUUGGCAUCACUCUGAUCCCUCUUGCGAUUUUAUGUUUUUUGGCUGACAUUGUGCUCUAUUUCCCAAAUGGGGAGACAAAGUUCGCAGAGAGAGACCAACUCACCUCCGUGGUGUGGUUUUUUGAAGGAAUCGGUGGAGGUGGAAUAUUGAUGAUUUUUCCAAUCGUGGUGUUCAUUGGCUUUGGGAAUGAUAACAUCUAUGGUCACUGUCGAACGAGAAUUUAUGGCAAGAGCCGUGUGGUGCUGACCGUGGUUAUGGUGUCUUUGAUCGGAAUGGCUGGUGCUGGAUACUGUUUCAAUGUCUCUCUUCUGGGUUUAUUAAAGGGCCCGUACUGCCUCACAGAUCUGGGAUGGAACUAUCCCUUCAACAGCACGAGUGGAAGAUAUCUCACUGACCUCACCACAUGGAGCCAGUGCAGAGAACCGAGCCACAUUGUGGCGUGGAAUGUCACACUGUUUUCCAUUCUGCUAGCACUCAGCGGCCUUCAAUUAGCUUUGAUUGUUGCUCACGUCAUAAUCGGGUUGGCUACAGGAACCUUGGGAAACUGUUGUCACCGUAAAGAGAUGAAAACGACCAUCACCACUCUCAUGAGAGAAGAUGUCUACAAUUAUGGAAAGUUCCAAAAGUGGUUACAAAAACAGAGCUUAGACAUCAUUCUCCAGGAAUCUCAACCUCAAACCAUGCGAAUUGUUGGCUAG